AUUCACUUAGGUACGCACCAGAGUUGUUUAAAGAUUCAUAUAUACUGCAUAAAGAUACUAUCUUUUUGGUUUUAUCUCUCUUUUUUUCCAGUGAAGGAUCUUUUUUUUAGCUCAAUCUACUUGAAUUCAGCUAUAAAAGAGCGUACAAUUGAUAAAUGGGUUCAAAAGCAGUUGAAGAUUUGAUACAGGCGUCAUCAGGAGUACAUUAUUCUGGAUUCCAUUUAGAAGAGCCACAUACUUCAGAGAUUGAGCAACCAACAACUUCUAUAGAUGAACAUGUUAAGCAACCCUUUAUCAUAGGAGUUGCUGGAGGUGCUGCGUCAGGCAAGACUACAGUUUGUGAUUUGAUUAUUGAUCAGCUUCACGAUCAGCGUGUUGUCUUAGUUAACCAGGAUUCUUUUUAUCACAAUUUGACUCCAGAAGAACUCACAAAAGUUCACGAGUAUAACUUUGACCAUCCUGAUGCAUUUGACACCGAGCAAUUGCUGUGUGUGAUGGAGAAAUUGAAGCAUGGGCAAGCUGUAGAUAUUCCAAAGUAUGAUUUUAAGAGUUACAAAAAUGACGUAUUCCCGCUUCGAAGGGUCAAUCCUUCAGAUGUUAUAAUUUUGGAAGGCAUACUCAUUUUUCAUGAUCCUCGUGUCCGAGAUCUGAUGAGUAUGAAGAUAUUUGUAGAUACAGAUGCUGAUGUACGCCUUGCAAGGAGAAUAAGACGAGACACUGUUGAAAAGAAUAGAGAUAUUGCUACAGUAUUAGAUCAGUAUUCCAAGUUUGUCAAACCGGCUUUUGAUGACCUCAUUCUUCCAACAAAGAAGUAUGCUGACAUUAUCAUUCCCCGGGGUGGAGACAACCAUGUCGCGAUCGAUUUGAUUGUGCAACAUAUUAGGACGAAGCUUGGUCAACAUGAUCUUUGUAAAAUAUACCCUAGCUUAUAUGUUAUUCAAUCUACUUUCCAGAUACGUGGCAUGCAUACACUUAUCCGUGAUGCACAGACGACUAAGCAUGAUUUCAUAUUUUAUGCUGAUAGAUUGAUUCGUUUGGUUGUUGAACAUGGACUAGGACAUCUUCCAUUUACAGAAAAACAGGUGAUCACUCCAACUGGAUCUGUAUACAGUGGUGUAGAUUUCUGCAAGAGGUUAUGUGGUGUCUCUGUAAUAAGAAGUGGAGAGAGCAUGGAGAAUGCCUUGCGUGCAUGUUGUAAAGGUAUCAAGAUAGGCAAGAUUCUUAUCCACAGAGAGGGCGAUAAUGGUCAGCAGCUGAUAUAUGAAAAACUGCCAGAAGAUAUUGCACAAAGGCAUGUCCUUUUGUUGGAUCCUAUCCUUGGCACAGGGAAUUCAGCAGUUCAAGCUAUUUCUUUACUGCUAAAAAAGGGAGUCCCAGAGUCCAACAUUUUAUUCCUUAAUCUUAUCUCUGCACCCCAAGGAGUACAUGUGGUCUGUAAGCAUUUUCCAAGAAUAAAGAUUGUGACAUCUGAGAUAGAAAAUGGUUUGAACGAUGAAUAUCGUGUUAUCCCUGGAAUGGGGGAGUUUGGUGACAGGUAUUUCGGCACAGAUGAUGACUGAACAUUAAUUGGUGGUCGCGUUCCAUCUCUCAAAUCGAGAGAGAGAGAGAUCAUGAUGUAGAGAAGGAAGUCAAGUUGAAAUGUGUUCAAGCUUUUGUACAUUUUUAACUUGUAUUCAACUACAGUUGCCCUGGAAAUGCAAUCUUCAAACUUAUUGUACAUUUUGAGUCUCA